AUGUCUCUGAUGUGUGUUGAUCAGUGUGUGUUGAUCUGUUGUGUGGUGAUCUGUGUCCCUGCAGUGCGACGCUCCUCUCACUCUCUGGCCACUGACAUGUUCGAACAGCACCUGGGAGCACACCUGCUACAGGUAAACAUCACACACUCACACGGACACACAUGAGGACACACACCCAGGCUCCUCUAAAAUCACCCUGUUUAAUCUCAAAUGUAUUUAUUAUAGUAACCUUUAUUUAGCCACGUGUCAUUGAGAACAAACAGUAUUUUAGAAUAGUACACAUUUAGCCAGGUUGUUCAAGAGGUAGCCAUAUUUAUUCCUGAGACAGUCUGACAGUGUGAUGCUGCUUCUCUGUGUUAUGUCUCCUCCUGCGUUUGCACUCCAGCGAGUCAACACUCGUAAAUAACUAAUCGCACCGCCCCACCGUAGUACUAUCAAUGAACAAACACCAAUAAAUAACUGUAGAGUACAGAAAAGAGAAAGAGAGUGAUAAAGCGAGGGAGGGAAAGAGGAGAGUAGUGAAAGAGACGGGUGUAUAGAAUGUCCUAAAUGAGAGAGGUAUGCUAAGACAAAAGACUGCUGUCCGCUCCGAACGUUCUGAGGAGGAACGGCACUGAUAGAAAUCAAAUUAGCGCUUCAGAAAACACUAUGAUUCUUUCCUCUUGCCGUCCUCUGUCAGUAAUAGUCUGAUAAUUGCACUUUAUUUCUCCGCCAUUCAGCCGGCUCGCCGCGCCCCACACCCCGGCCACUCACAUUUGCAUACUGAAUGUGUCAGUUGCAUAAAUUACCGCCACUUUAAGCGCCACCACCAAAAUAGCAAUCUUUCUUCAGCAAAGUGGCCCUAGCUUCCCAGCACACCGCGACUCACUUGUGUGGAUGCUUGUUAUUACGACAAAUAUUAUUCUGUGAAGGAGUCCUUCCUAAUGGGGUGGCUGUAUACCUUUCACUUAUCAUCAUAAUCACCACUCCCUGUCUCUACCUCUGUCUCUACCUACCAGUGUCAAUGGACCAUGUCGUCCUACUGUUAUUAACACUGAUUGAAACAGCUCUGCUGGUAUCUGCCUGCUCUGUGUUUAAUGUGUCUUGUUGACUCUCUGAACAGGCUGGUGGUGUUUACCAGUAGUGGGUCGUGUGUACCUGAGGGGCCAGCCAGACAGGAUUGUUAAUGUGGGCGGGAGAGAGGGGAGAGACUGAGCGGUGAAGGGCUGGUUGCUGGUGGUUCUCAAACGGCAGGCAGCAGCUCAUUGUAAUUUGCUCAAUACACACUAAUUGCUCUAAUUUGUCUGUCCGGCUGUGUGUGGAUGUGUUGCUUCCACAGUCUCUGGACGGCUUUGUGUUUGUGGUAAGCUCAGAGGGACGAUUCCUCUACAUAUCAGAGACUGUUUCCAUCUACCUGGGCCUCUCACAGGUAAGGCCUGCUGUAUACACACGCGCGCGCGCACACAUACACACACACACACACACACACACUCACACUCACACUGUCACUCAUACAGGUUACUCCCAUCAUCUCUCUUUUCAUAUCAGAUGUUGUAAUGUGUUUGAGGGUGUUCCCACCUUUGUGUGUGUCUGAAUGUCUUUGACUGUUCUCUUGUGCUUGUCUCUCUAGUUCCUCCCUCUCUCUCUCUCUCUCUCUCUCUCUCCCUCCCUCCCUCCCCCCUCCCUCCUCCCUCCAGGUGCUCACCUCUGUUGAUUGCCUGUGGCCUCUUGUACUGUGAAUGUUAAGUCCUGCCAUUUCGACCAGAUGCAUAAAUAAUAACAGUAAUUACUGGCCCAGCAAUCAAAGUGUCGCCCCUGCGCGCAGGGCCUGUCUAGUGGAGCAAAUCGAUUGGCAUCUUAAAAGCCCCAUUGAUUGUGGGGAGGAGAAAAAACACCAAGGGGGAUGGGAAGACAGAUCGGGAUAGAGAUAGAGAGAAAGAAGGAGGGAGGAGAGGAGGGGAGUGAUAAGAAAUGUUUGGAAGAUAAAAGAUGGAGGAUACAGUAUGAGAGAGAGAAAAGAGGGAGAACGUUACAAUAGCGGUGGUAUUUGAGUGGAUUUUAAAAGGGGGGAUUUGGGUAUGAUUGGGAGUCCGCCCCUGGUUGGAUUGGACUGUCCUGGAGAGAGGCUAGUAGUGGCGUGUGUGUGUGUUUGCGUGUGCAUGUGCAUGUGCGCGUGUUCGUGCCGGUGUGUUUGUGUCACAGUUCGGUAUUUCUGCUGUUAACUAUUAGUAAACACAAACUUAAAAUCUAAUUAUGAAAUAUAUCUGAACAGAUGUGAAAAGACUACACAGCCAAAUGGCAUUGGAUAGAGAGAGAGAAAUAGUGCACUGGGGAUUUUGGUAUGCAAAUAGAGCUUAAAUGUGCAGUUGAAGUGAAAUGCAUCAUGGGACUAAAUAGGUAAACAACAAAGGCCAUUCUUAUUCAUGAAACAGAUGGCCUCACUAGUCAAAUCUCCUCAAACAGAACUAAACCCACCAGCCUUAAAACAAAAUUACAAUCAAGAUUUACUUUAAUUCCAAAACACACACUACCACGUUUAGAAACUGACAAAGAGAGAAAGACUGAAAGACAAAAAGAGAGAGAGACAGAAAGAGGGAGGAAGGAAGGUGGGAGAAAGGGCAUGCACACUUUAAUAGAACAAAUCCCUGUCUCUCAGGGAAAAACAAGUGAGAAGGGAGAUGUAACUGGUGGUUGUUGUUGGACCGCCCUGUCCUGUCCCCCAGCCUAACCCCUCUGCCCCGGCUUACCCACGGGGCCCCUCUCCAGACAGUGGGGUUUCUUAGACGGCUUAGCCCAGGUCAGGCACCUUGACCAAGGGCACAGCCCGCCGUCCGCUCCCCUGCUACCUGGAGGUGAUCAUGUCCCUCACCCCAGGUCUGCUGGCUGGAGAGGCCCUCUCUGAACCCGGGACCCCAGGUCCUGCUGCUCAACCCCUCUUACCUCCUACAUGGCAGGAGGGAGGAUGGAGGAAUGGAGGGAGGGGGGAAUUGAUCCUGGACUGUUUAGUAUGCAGCCCCCAUCACUCCCCCUCCCUCUCUCCUCUUCCAUCCGUCAGUGGUGGGCUGAGAGUGUGUUGUGGACGACUGCCCGGAUGCCUCAUACAUGUUAAAGCAACCUGCUAUUAUUUAUAUCAUGUCUCUCCUCCUUCAUUCCCCCUCUCUCUAUCUCAACCCCCCCACACUAUACCUGUGUCUUGCUCUGUCUCCCUCUCUCUCCUUUCUCUCUCCUCUCUCUCUUUCCCUCUAUCUUUCAGCUGCCUCUUUCCCCAAUAGUUCUCUCUCUCUCUCUCUCCUCCCUGUGAUGAAGUGACAGUAGACUGACAGGUAACGUAACAUAGACGUCUGUAUUGCCCUUUACUGAGGGAGGGCAAAGGACUGUGGGAAGCCUGGGGUCCUCCAGGGCUGACUUCCUGUCUCUGCCAGGGGAUUCUUCCACAUGUACAUAUUACCUCAACUACCUCAACUAGCCGGUGCCCCCGCACAUUGACUCUGCAACGGUACCCCCCUGUAUAUAUAGCCUCCCUACUGUCACUUUAUUUUACUUCUGCUCUUUUUUUUCUCAACACUUUUUUUGUUGUUGUUUUAUUUUUACUUUUUUUGUUUAAAAUAAAUGCACUGUUGGUUAAGGGCUGUAAGUAAGCAUUUCACUGUAAUGUCUGCACCUGUUGUAUUCGGCGCAUGUGACCAAUAAAAUUUGAUUUGAUUUGAUUCUGGUCGGUUUACGUCUCGUUUAGCUCUAGCAACUCAUUAACACCAGGCUGUUUUUUAACUUUUAUCUCUCUGCUGAUCCCUCGUUACUUACUCCCCUCCUCUCUCCCUCAGUUUUUUUUUACACUUUAGAGGAGUUAGCACUUUAGAGACUUCCUUUUUUUCUCUUUGUUCACACUUAAUCUGUGCUCCCUCGCUCAGCUCUCUGGCUGUGAUGUCCUUGAAGGCCUGCUGGAAAUCCCAUAAAGCCCACACUAAAUGGAUCUAAUCCUGUAAUAAAUGGGUAUGUCCUACAGACAAGGGUGUGAGGCUGCAGGCAGGCAGCCAAGCAGGCAGCCAAGCAGGGAGCAGGCAGGAAGGAAGGAAGGGAGCAGGCAGGGAGCCGGCAGGCGCUUUAUCAGAUGGGAUGGAAUCCAUCCCGCUCCCAUUGUGUUUUUAUGGAUGCCAUGCCAGAGCCUUAAACGCUUAGAGUAGGAUACUAUGAUGCACGAGGAUGAUAGCUGGGAGGUGCUAGUGUUCUUUAUCCCUUUCUGGGAGUGGGCUGGAUACGUUCAUGCCUAUGAAUUAAUAGGGAAUGAAUUAACAGAUUAAAAUAGUCAAAUCUGACCUUCAAAGAUGCUGUAUCCCUGGUGUCUUUUAGCUUACUUUAAUCACCAAAUACAAUAGAUUUUUAUCCUUCCGAUUUUAGAUGUGUAUUACUGUAAUCUGUGUCUCAGGGGUGUGUAUGCGACAUGUGUGAGCGGUUGCGUGCAUUCAUGUGUUCAUGCAUGUGUGUUUGUGUCUGUGCUACACCCUGUCCCAUAUCUACAUUUGAUUGUGUGUAGGUGGAGUUGAUGGGCAGCAGUGUGUUUGACUACAUUCACCCAGCGGACCACGUGGAGAUGGCAGAGCGUCUGGGCAUCAGACCCCACCUGAGGGCCGAGGCUGGCUGCCACGUGGCUCCCGAGAGCGCUUCCAGCUCUGCCUCCACAUCCUCCCUGGCAGGGACCCCCGAGCCUGGUACGUCUCACAUACAUGUCUGUAGGCCUGGACUGAUGUGGUCCAGAUCUUGUCCAAAUGUGAUUGCUCCCAAGUUAACUCUGUCCCCCUGUCUCUCCAUAGCCCCCUCAAGCCCUCUCUCUCCUGGGAACGAACCUCCUGACCGAGGUUUCUUCAUUCGUAUGAAGUCCACCCUCACCAAGAGAGGCCUCCACGUCAAGUCCUCAGGGCUACAAGGUCAGAGUAAGAGACAUAUAUAGAAAUAUCAAACUCUCCAUUCCUAUAGAUCCUGCAGACAGUGUUUAAUGUAUAGGGUAGCAAAAUUCCAGUAACUUUCCCUGGUUUUCCAGAAAUGCUGGUUGGAGCAUUCCCGGAUUUCCUGUUUAUUCCCUCGUAAACCUAGGAAUCUUCCAACCAGGAUUUCUGGAAAACCUGAGAAUUUUUGAAAAGUUACAAGAAUUUUGCAACUCUAGUAAUGUACUACUCACCAUUCAUUCAGUAGAUACACUGUACAUGUACAACCAUGCAGGUUGGUUUAAACUCUAUUCUAUUCCUGUCAGGUGAUCCAUGUGACCGGGCGAAUCCGCUGUCGCCCUGCCAUAAUGCCAGGCUCCGCCCGCUCGGUGCGUCGGCCAAUGGGCUUGGUGGCCCUUGCGCACACUCUCCCUCCCUCCACGCUGAACGAGGUGCGCAUGGAAAGCCAGAUGUUUGUCUUCCGGGUCAACAUGGACCUGCAGGUCACCUACUGUGAGAACAGGUACAGCUACAGUGACCCACAACGACACAACAACACAGCAACACAACAACACACAUGGACAGAUGUCUGUAUGGGGUGCAUAUAUGGUUGUACUGUGAAAAUGUAUGUGGGUGGAUUUGAUUCAAUUAAUAGUAUGUGUUUGUUUGCCUGUGUAUUUGGUCUAUAUGUUUACAUCAUGUGGAUAAUAUUGUUCCCUGUAGGAUCUCGGAGUACAUGGACCUGAGCCCAGCAGAGGUGGUGGGACACACCUGCUACCACUUCAUCCACGUAGAAGACCUUGAUAACAUCAGACAGAGCCAUGAGGACUGUGAGUCACUGCCCGCCCUGUGUGUGUGUGCGUGUGUCUUUGAACGUUAACAUUUUUACUAAGUUCAUAUUUUGCAAUCAGCGCCCUCUGCUGCCAAAGUCCUGUAGUGCUAUGCCAACUCACUCUUUACUCUUAUCCUCUCUCCCCCUCUCCCGUCCCUCCCUCUCUCUCUCUCUCCCAGUGUUGAGGAAGGGUCAGGUGGUGACAGGGUACUACCGUUGGCUCCAGAGGAGAGGGGGUUAUCUGUGGGUCCAGUCCUGUGCCACCGUCUCCAUCAACCACAAAGCCCCCCACGAACGCAACGUCAUCUGGGUCAACUACGUCACCAGGUCAGCCCCUGUCACCAGUCAGCCCCGUCACUAGUCAGACCCGUCACCACAGUAGCCUCAGGUCAAACACACAACACAUCCAACAUUAUGCUCUAAGACAAAGAGUCCAACUCCUUCAGUCUACCGUCAUUUUUAUAUACGAAACUGUAAUUACAGUAUAUUAAUUUUAUUAUAGCAUUAUGCAUAGCGUUAUUCAUUUACAACACCUAUAUGAUACAAGUACUCGCACAUGGAUUGAAGGAAAUUCUAUUUUUUCCUUUGUCUCUCUCUCAGGACCCACAACCCCCACCCCCUAAACACACAUACACACUCAAAGACAAACAGACACACAUGCACGCACAGAGCAAGAGAGGAGUCAGACAAAAACAAGGGGAACAGGCUGAAUUACAAUACUAAUUGGAGUAGCGCUUUAUAAUUACAACAAAUGGAUGUCAGAAUGGUGGGUCUGAAUGGUGUUUUAGUUCAUUAGUGCUGUAAUUACAAGAGCUAAUUAACUUCUCCAGCAGCAGCCCCCCAAUCCUGUCUGGGCUCAGUUCUUUACAGGUGGGCUCCUGAGUGGAGCAAAGCUGGCUUUGGGAGAGCAGGGGUGGCUGUUGUGUGUGUGUGGAAUUGGGGGGGGGGGUUGUUGGAUACAGUAUUGCGGGUUGGGGGUAGCUGAUGGGGGGUAUUAAUGGAGAAGUGGGAUGGUUGGAGAGGCUGGUUGUUGAUGAUAGAUGAGGGUAAUGGUAGGAAGGAAGUUGAUGAGAGGACUAAACAAAAUAGACAAUUGAAUCUAAGACCAUAUAGGGCUCUCUGUAAAGUACUCACUGCACCCAUCUUGCUAAAUCAGGAGACAUAAACAGUGGUUUGCUGCAGCACUCAAGAGCUGUAAAAGGUGCAUUUAUUGUCUUUUAUUUACUGUCUCUCCCUUUCUCUCUCUCUCAGUCGGACAGAGCUCCCAGACACUCCCCUGGAUCUGCUGCAGCUCCCAGAGAGCCUGAGGGCGGAGCGUCUGAAAGCCAGCUACUCCCCUUCGGAACACUCGCCACAAGCCCGGGGUAGGGAACCACACAGGCAAACACACACACACACACACAUCUGCAAUCACACACACAUUUAUACCGUACAUUGAAUCAUUCACACAUACACAAACAUACUUGAUGGGAUGGCAGGUAGCCUAGCGGUUAAGAGCAAUGGGCCAGUAAUCAAAAGGUCGCUGGUUCGAAUUCCCGAGACCACUAGGUAAACAAUCUGUCGAUGUGCCCUUGAGCAAGGCACUUAACUCUAAUUGCUCCUGUAAGUCGCUCUGGAAAAGAGCGUCUGCUAAAUUACUCAAAUGUAAAAUGUAAUGAUACAUCCACAUUUUUCCUCAUGAAAAACAUAUCUAACUAUUUUCCCCUCCUCAGGUCCACAGCCAAUGAAAAGCUCUAUGUGUAAAGGUGACCCUGACUCUAAACUGAGAGAGAUCUAUAAUCCCGGCAUCCAAUCUGGGGACAGGAGGAAGCGUCCGCUGCGGUCUGACUCUGAAGGUGCUCCCCCGGAAACGCGGCGUCGCCUGGAAGAGUUUCGCCAGAGAGAGGGGAGUGUGUCAGCCUCCUCUGACCUGGGCAGUGAGAGUGAGGGAGAGGAAAGAGAGUGGGAGCAGGGGGGAGACAGCGGGAGGGUCAAACGAGAGGGGCCUUCGAAACGAGGCGUGGAGACCCCCAUGGGGUUCGAGAGGGGUGGCAGGGUGCACAACAGCCGUGCGGUAAUCCAGCACCUGAAGAGUGUAGUGUCCUCGCCUCUCUCUGGCCCCCCCAACAUCAAGACUGAACAUGAGGCACUGGCCACAGGGGGCCGCUGGUCACACACCUCCUCACACACACAACCCCCACCCUCACACACACACACCCCCUGUGGCAGCCUGAACGGCGACAGUCCCCCCACCCCUAUCCCAGACUCCUCCUCCAGCAGUGAAGCCCCACCCAAAGGUAUUUUCACCCCGCCCUCCCCCGCCAUGUCCCCUCCCAUGUCCGGCUCCUCCCCUCUACCCUGUGAAGAGCGGGGCAUGUUGUCUGGAGGCCGGGGGGGCGGGCCUGACUUUGAGCUAUUGCAGAGACUGGCAGCGGGGGGUGCUGCAGGACGGGUGCUGUUCCACCCCCUGGCCCUCGGCCCCCAGGGGCCACAGAGCCUGUACGCCCCCAGUACCAUCCGCUAUGCGCCCCCAGAGCUUCCCCACUCCCACCCCGGUGCUGAGGGGCUGCGCUCCGACCACCACAAGGGCCCCCCAGCCUUCUUCCCCCACCUCCAGAGGCUGGCCGGCCUGCCCUCCUUCAGUGGGUUCUCCGCCUCAGACAAUCCCUUCAACCCCUUCUGUAUGAACGGACUGAGGGGGGCCGCAGGGUCCGAGGAGGACUGA